AUGCAGUCAAUGGCCAUUGCACUUGGCAAAGAUAAGAUCCGGUGCAAUGCCCUGAUGCCUGGCACUAUCGGAACCUCACUAGCUGCCCAUGAUAUGAAGGACCCUGCUGAGAUGGCCGCCCUUGAAGAGCGUAUUCCUCUUGGUCGAAUCGGAGAUCCGAAUGAUAUGGCAGGUCCGGCCAUUUUCUUGGCUUGUGAAGAGAUGAGUCGUUAUGUGAACGCAACGGGGUUGCUAGCAGACGGUGGAAUGUACAGUAAAUUGCAGUGA